UAAAUCCCCUUCAAAAUUUCUCUCUAUAUCUAUCCAUCUAUAUAUAGAGAGAGACAGAGAAACUCGUACAGACGGACGUCUCAAAACAAAACAAAUCGCUCACUGCCCACCACCCCUUCUACCAAACACAUUCAUAUCAUCAUUUUAUAUAACACAGCCAAACCCAAGCAUCAAUAUCUCAGCAGCAAAAGGAAAAAAAUGAACUCAUCACUAGAAAUCACACUCUACGCCGCCCUCUUCCUCCUCUCCUCCGUCCUCCUCCUCCUCCUCCUCACCAGAAAACGCCGCGGUCUCUCCUCCCCGCCCGGCCCUCUCGCCCUUCCCAUCAUCGGCCAUCUCCACCUCCUCGGUCCAAGACUCCACCAAACCUUCCACGAUCUCUCCCAACGCUACGGCCCCUUAAUCCAGCUCCGUCUUGGCUCCAUCCCCUGUGUCGUCGUCUCCAGCCCCGAACUAGCAAAAGAGUUCCUCAAAACUCACGAACUCAUCUUCUCCUCACGCAAGCACUCCACUGCCAUUGACAUCGUCACCUACGAUUCUUCCUUCGCUUUCUCGCCCUACGGCCCCUACUGGAAGUUCAUCAAGAAACUAUGCACCUAUGAACUCCUCGGCGCCAGAAAUCUCAACCAUUUUCAGCCCAUAAGGACGCUGGAAAUCAGGAGCUUCCUGGAAGUUCUGAUGCGGAAGGGUGAAUCGGGGAAGGAUAUCAAUGUCACUGAAGAGCUGGUGAAGCUGACAAGCAACGUCAUUUCUCAUAUGAUGCUGAGCAUCAGGUGCUCGGAGAACGAAGGCGAGGCGGAGGCAGCGAGGACGGUGAUCCGGGAGGUGACGCAGAUCUUCGGGGAGUUUGAUGUCUCAGAUAUUAUAUGGUUCUGCAAGAACUUGGAUUUGCAGGGGAUAAGGAAGAGGUCGGAGGAUAUUCAGCGGAGGUACGAUGCUUUGUUGGAGAAGAUUAUCACCGACAGGGAGAAAGCACGGCGAAUUCGCGGCGGCGGCUGUGAGGCAAGUGAUUUUCUUGACAUGUUGCUGGAUGUGAUGGAGAGUGGGAAAACGGAGGUGAAGUUCACCAGGGAACAUCUCAAAGCUUUGAUUUUGGAUUUCUUCACUGCCGGGACGGACACAACAGCGAUUGCCACGGAAUGGACAAUAGCAGAACUCCUCAGCAACCCUAAUGUGCUGAAAAAAGCUCAAGAAGAGAUCGACAAUGUCGUCGGCCCGAACCGGUUGGUGCAGGAAUCUGAUGCCCCUAAUUUGCCCUAUCUCCAGGCAGUCAUCAAAGAGACGUUCCGGCUCCACCCUCCCAUUCCCAUGCUCUCCAGGAAAUCAGUAUCCGAUUGCGUGGUCGACGGGUACAAAAUUCCGGGCAAAAGCCUAUUAUUCGUCAACCUAUGGUCCAUGGGUAGGAACCCCAAAUACUGGGAAAGCCCGAUGGUGUUCAGGCCGGAGAGGUUCCUAGAGAAGGAAAAUUGUUCCAUCGAUAUUAAAGGGCAGAAUUUUGAGUUGCUGCCUUUUGGCACGGGCAGGAGGGGCUGCCCCGGAAUGUUGCUAGCCAUACAAGAGGUGAUCAGUAUAAUUGGGACUAUGGUCCAAUGCUUUGAUUGGAAACUCCCUGAUGGGUCCGGGCCUGUUGACAUGACCGAGCGGCCUGGUUUGACAGCCCCACGAGCCUAUGAUUUGGUUUGCUGUGUGGUGCCAAGGAUUGAUCCCGUUGUCGUUUCAGGCUCAUGAUGGUGAGGGUCUUGAUAAGUUGUUUCGGUGCUCGUUUUUUGCAUUGGAGGUUGAUUUCGAAUUGUCUUGUCCUUCAAAGUUAUGUUUGGGGAAAUUUACAAUUUAGUCAUAUUUGUUCCAUUUUUUAUUUCUUAAGUUGAUUUGUUUUUUUAAAUUUUAG